CUUUGAUAAUGUUACCAAUACUCAGUGGGACAAUUAUAUUGUAUCUUCAACUUGACGUCAUUCCCAUAAAAAAUGGGAAGCGAAGAGUCUUCUAACUGUUCGGAAGAACCUUACGGGAACUUCAGCACAAUCUUUGGCUCCACCGACGUUCCAGAAUGGGAAGCCAUCCUAACUAUAAUCAUAUUGUCACUGUUCAUACUGCUUACGAUAAUCGGCAAUAUCCUAGUAAUACUUAGUGUUUUCACAUAUAAACCGUUAAGGAUAGUUCAGAAUUUUUUUAUAAUUUCAUUAGCCGUCGCUGAUCUCACCGUAGCUAUAUUAGUCCUUCCUUUCAAUGUGGCCUACGCCGUAUCGGGAAGAUGGAUUUUUGGUAUUUACAUUUGUAAAAUGUGGCUGACUUCCGACAUCCUCUGCUGUACAGCCUCAAUCUUGAAUCUCUGUGCAAUAGCCUUGGAUCGCUUCUGGGCAAUAACUGAUCCCAUCAAUUAUGCUCAAAAAAGGACAGUCAAAAGAGUACUGAUGAUGAUAGCAUUCGUCUGGAUCCUGUCCCUAAUAAUCAGCGUACCACCCUUGAUAGGUUGGAAUGACUGGCCAUCGCCAGAAAUUUUCGCUGAAGAACAAGUUUGUGUGUUAACCAGGAGACAAGGUUAUGUUAUUUACUCAUCUUCAGGAUCAUUUUUUAUACCUUUGUUAAUAAUGACAAUAGUUUAUAUAGAGAUUUUUAUAGCGACUAAAAGGAGGUUACGAGAACGAGCGCAGGCUGCUAAAAUUAACAUAUCCAAAAACCAAACUAACAAGAAUGACGAUCAUAGAGACAGAGAAAGUGUUAGUAGCGAAACUAAUCACAACGAACACCCAGAUGAACAAACUAAAUCAAAUGACAAAUUACUGAAAAAUAAAUCAAAAGAUACUGAAAAAUCGACUUUAAAGCCAACAUUAGUUCAUGAAGAUUCCUUGACGGAUUUUGGAGAGAAUUCUUCUUUUGGAAGAAAGAACUCACAUCUUACAGCUGAAAAUAAAGUACCAAAUAGUUCUUCUACAACAAUUACUAUUUCUAAUACUAAACCUAGUCCUAAAGUCGUACUAGUAGACAACAAUAAGAAACCUGGGUUCGUGUAUCAAUUUAUUGAAGAAAAGCAGAGAAUUUCCCUAUCUAAAGAACGAAGAGCUGCUAGAACCCUGGGUAUAAUAAUGGGAGUAUUCGUAGUCUGCUGGGUUCCGUUCUUUCUUAUGUAUGUCAUUAUCCCUUUUUGCCCAGUGUGUUGCCCAUCAAGGAGGUUUGUUAAUUUCAUCACAUGGUUGGGAUAUAUUAACUCUAUUCUUAAUCCAAUCAUCUAUACUAUCUUUAAUAUGGAUUUUAGAAGAGCUUUUAGAAAGCUUUUAGGUUUAGGAGGACAAAAUUAAUGACAAGAAAU